AGUUUUGCUAGCUACCUACUGAGUUUGCAUGGGCGUCUAAGCUGAAAAGAGCAUCUAGAGCAGAUACGUAGCCAUUGAGGGGAGGGAGGACGGGGAGGACCACCGCCAAUUGUUGCAGGAUUCUCUGCUAAUGUAGAUGGUGUGCAUGUUUGAAUGCUUUUGCACGUCGCUAGAAGCUGACCAGGAUGGAGUUGCGCUCAACAAAAGGCGUGUGCAAAGGCAAUGCUGGACACCACCGCCGGCUCUGACUUCUUACUAGCUAUAAACUGGUUUAGAGGUGAGUCGACGAGUCCCCUACACAUGGAGCGUGAGACUCUGGUGCUGUGGACUGUCACCCGGUUGGCCCUGGGAACAGGGGCUGCGGGCCUGCUGGCAGUCACAGCCAUUGCCCAAUUGCGGAAGACGAAAGCCAGGGCAAAGAGGCGCCAGCGGCUGCGGGGGCUGGCACCCAUCUUGCAGUACCAACACAAUGGGAGCGUGAGCGGCAUCGAGCCCUUUGGGGAGUAUGCAGCGCGCCAGGUGGGCCUCCAGCCGUGCGACGUGUGCUACGACGCCUUCAAGAAGGUGGCGGAGCACUACGUGCAGGGCAACAAGAGCAAGGGUGAUACAAGCCGCGACGAGCUGAUGGCGCUGGCGGUCGACGCGUGCUCGUGCUUGAAAGAGGACAUGAUUGGCGGGCUCACGCAGGACCUGGUCAAGGAGCUGGACGCGUGCAUCCUGUCGUUCUUUGCUUUCCAUUGGGACCACGCCGACAUGCUCCUUGCGGCUGCCAGCGCAGUGGAGCCGAAGCGGCACAGCCUGAAGCGCGCGGUUCUGAGCGCGACCCGCACCCAGCGCUACAAGCAGCUGCUGCGCUCGCUGGGUCCUCAGCGCCAGUUCACGACCCUGGUCCAGCAGCUCAAGCGGCUGCGCACCGGUGAACCUGCGGACUUGGAUCACGUCAGCGACAAGGAAGUGGCGGCGCCUGUGGAGGAAGGUCAUCGUAGCCCAGUCAUCUUGUUCAUGGCGGGGGGGAUGGGAGCCGGGAAGAGCACGGUCAGGCAGGAGCUGAUGCAGGGGACAUUCUGGAGAAAGUUUGCGCCCCGGGCAGUGGUCGUGGAGGCGGACGCGUUCAAAGAGACAGAUGUGGUCUUCCAGGCGCUCAGCGAGCAAGAGGGAGGAGUGGAUCCCGAGACUGCGGCCCUGGUCCACUCGUCGAGCGUGAAAGCCGCGCUGUCGUUGCUGGUGGCGGCCAUCAACGAGGGGCGUGACAUCAUCUUCGACGGAACCAUGAGCUGGGAGCCUUUCGUGGCGCAGACGAUCGACAUGGUCCGUGAUGCGCACCUGCGGCGCUACCGCCUGGGGCCAGGAUAUCAGAAGAAGCCCUUGGAGCAGUACUGGGAGGCGAUGCCGGAGGACGCGGACAUCAUGGAGGAGAUGCGCGCGCAGCAGCAGAGCCACGUGCGCGCGUACGACAAGACGCAGGCCGAGUCGCGCGGCUCCAACGGGGAGGACGACAAUGGGGAGGAGUCGGCUAGCGAGCCGACAGAGAGCGAAAGCGCCAUGAAAGCGUCACAGUCGAGCCAGAGCUUGAGCGGCUUCUCGGAGGCCGCGGCGGGGAUGAGGGGCAGCAGCUUUAGAAGCACCGGGGGAUAUAGCGAAGGUCAAGCGGAGAGCGGAGAGAACGGCGCGGGAAACGGCACUCGGAGCAGCGAUCGAGAAGUGAAACAUGCUGAUAGAGACGGUCAGAGUGAAGCGAACGGUGCUGAGGACUCUGAGAGCAGGCAAGACGGUGACGAAGUGGUGUCUGGUGAGCAGGGGGACUCAAAGGAGGGUCAAGACUCUUUACGAAGAUCGUCGGGCCAUUGGGCGCACGUCGAGGGCACCACCCUCCGGUCGAAUCAGCCGUCUCAGGGGCCGUCCGGGUUCUCGAAAAGAAACGGGGCAGCGCCAAGGAAAGCCGGACCGUCUGCCGGUCCAGAUUUGGACCAUGCAGAGAAGCAGCAAGGCCCCGCAACCAACGAUGCAGGCCAUCGGCCCGGGCUGGUGCAGACUGGCGCUAGAAAUGGCGUGCAGAAAAGGAGGCCCUAUCGAGUGGAGAUGGUGGGCGUGGCCUGCGAUGCAGGGCUGUCGGUGGUCAGGGGGAUGAGGCGCGCCAUCCUGACCGGCCGCGGCGUGCCCAUCGAGGCGCAGCUGCGGUCGCACCGCAUGUUCGCCGCCGCGUUCGAGCGCUACGCGUGCCUGGUGGACCGCGCGUCGCUGUACGUGACCAACGGCUUCGGCAGCGAGCCGGAGCUGGUCGCCCUUAAGGACGGCCUCGAGAACCGGCUCCUGGUCGACCCGCCCAGCAUCGCCGGCUUCCGCCAGCUGUGCUACCUCAACGAAAAGGCGACCUCGGUGGCUGCGCUGUACAAGGAGGAGUGGGGCUACGGCUGCGGCGGGAGUCGAGAUGACACGGGCGCGUUCGGCGGUGCGUGGGCCAAGGCGGUGCUGUGCGAGGAGCGGCACGACCGGCAGGCGCGGCUGCAGGAGGCCUUGCGCGGGAUGGACUUCUGCAGCCUGAACCAGGCGGCGCACUGGGAGGGGAAGCAGGGCCAUGCGCACAAGUCGGGCAAGCAUGCGAAGAAGUGAUGGACACCGUAUGGGUUUAGAUACAUUUAAGCUGACAAUUAUAGUGGACUGCAUGAAUUAGCACUGACUGAUUGACUCUUCCGACGUGAGAUGGGCUGAUGCUUCGUGAUUUGUAGAAUAUCGGUCCGCUUUUAGAGUCCUGGUAUGCGCGAAGUAGCGGAACAUUUUUGCACCAGAGAUCAUGCAUGUUCGCUUCUAGUGAGCCUUCAUUACAUUUGCGCAUAUGAUUGACUGUUUUGUG